GCUUGUUUAAGCGGCCGAAGUGGCAAUCGCUAUUUGAUCCGUCAGCGUCCGCUCAUUUUUAGUAGCUUCGUUUAAGCUUAACUGUUUUUGUUGUUGCUGGUUGCAUUGCCUUUUUAAGUUUUAUUUUUCAAAUGCCAUUCACAACGUAAUUGCUUUCGCUGAGACAUUGAGACUUGAACUUGUCAAUCGCGCGUGGCUUAACUUCCCCUUUUAUUAUUGUUUUAGUUAUUGUAAACCACUUCACUGCGGUGUAGCCUCUCCACUCAAUAUGCAUGUGUACCUACAUAUAUACCAUACUUGAUAACAAUCCAUAUUAACUUAGGUUUGCCUGUGCUCUGAGCUCACCGCUCUUGAUGAUCAGAUCUCAGAUUUGUAUUCGCGCUCGCUCGCAAGACACAGGUGCGCGGAGCGUUGGCGCUCAUCAGUAACCACUUCACUGGGGCCAUUUACUUGUUAUACACACUACUUUUCCAUUUGUAUGUUGAUCUGUUUGUAUAUUUGUAUAUUGUACAUGUAAUAUAUGUGAACUGACGUUGAAUUUACUAGCUGGCGAACAUGCUCGUGUCUUCGGUUACCUUAAUUUGUUGGCAUUUCAAAGUUAGUUUAUUGCGAGAUUUCAAGCGCUUGAGUUUUUCCGUUUUUUGGCUUGUCGUAACAAAAGCGAUGCCAAAAUUAAGUUUCUGUGUUGUAUAAAGCAAAUAAAUAUAUAUAACAAAAUAUACAAAUAAAUAAAUAAAGAAAAUAAUUGAAUAAGUUUUACUCUAUUGUGAAUUAUAACUUUUGAUACUAAAACAGUAACCAGAAAUAUUACAGUAAAAGUAAAUAUUGCGAAUUCAGCAGAGCCUCUGGCAACCAAAAUUAAUAAUAUAAACUUAAUUAACAAAAGAAAAAAGUUCAUAUAUUGCUUAAAAAUGUACGACGGUGGCAUAAAUUAAAACAUAUUAAGGAAUGAUCGAUUUCAUUUCGGUGACUAAAAGAUAUAUAUAAAAAAUAAAUUAUAUCUCAAAUAAUAAAAAUUAAAUCAACGCAAUAUAUUAUAUGUUUCUCCACUUAAUUAAAUUAACACAGUUAAGAAUUUCCUUAUAAAAAUUCAAUAUUAAACUUAAAUAUAUGUGAAAAAGGAAAGCAAAAAUAAAUUUCUUUCAUUGAUUUUAGUAUUCAAAUUUCAAAAACGUGCAAACUAGGUAAUAAAUAUUUAUUUAUUUUUUCUUUUCCGUGGCAAAUGCUAAAAAAAUUGUGCCGCAAAAAUUUGAGCAAAGCUGUGAAGUGAGUUCAACAAUAAAAUUUUCUUCCCAUUGGCGGUAAUCAAAAUAAAAUAAUUUCGAGACCUUUGAACUGGGACGCAUAAAGGAGAGAUUAAAGCGUCGUCGCAAUUGCUUCUUUUGUCAAAUCGCGAAGUAUAGCAUUUACAUACACCUUCUAAAAACGCCAGGAGAGUUGGGCAAUCCAAAGGAAAUCUUGCGUAAUUGAUAUUGACUGAUAUGUGUUACGAAUGAGGUAUACUUACGGCUUGCAUCACAGACGUCUACAUGGAAGAACUCGUUUGUUAAAUCAAUCGUACUAAAUACUGGUAAAUAUGCUUAUCAACGAACUGCCUUGCAAUACAGCGUAGGCACUUGUUUGAAGCUUCGCGGAAAAAUGUUAAAACUCCCGUUACACAUUGCUUCUGUCACAUAUGUAUAUUUUGAAUAUACGCAACACAAUUUUAAGUUUCAUCAAUUGGUAUUCAGUUUUUGUGAGCAAUGGGACCAAAAUGAGAACUGGUGAAAAAGUUGCCUGUUUAAGGAAAAACAACAAGUGAAAUUAUUAAAAUUCUCCACAGCCUUGAUGUUAACCGCAGAUUCGUGAAACGUACUGUAGCUCGAUUGCAAAAAGUGGUAGUGUUAAAAUAUCAAAAAAACCUGAUCGCAGUUUCACGGUCAAAACUCCAAGUCUGAUGAAGACUAUACGAACAAGGAAAAAUUGUACAAUUUCUGGAAGGCAAAUGGCUAAGGAUCUCAACGAUAGACGAAAAACCAUCAGAAACAUUAUUAAUAAAAAUUUGGGAUUGAAGGCGACAAAAGCUAGUGACAAGAGAAAUAAUAUUUGCUACUGCGGCGGCACGCAAAUUGCGAGAUUGUGUUUUCUGAUGUAAAACUUUUUGUGUUACAGCUUUUCAUCCACAUUAACCAUUUGUGACCGCAAUUCCUAAGAUACUAAUUCUCGCGCCAAACGAAAAUGUGUAACAGACGAAACAGCCGACUCUGGUUCAAUAACCUUGCCAUUUUAAUUUGCUUGAUGUGCAGUGGCCUUAUCUGUACAAAUGCCGCUAUGCGUUACUACCACGUAAUGCCAAUCGAAACCAUAGGCAAUGGGGGCGACCACUCGCCAAUAUUGAGGCUAAGGCGUGAUAUUUCCGCCAAACUGAUACUGCAGGAGCAACCAAAAGAGAUCAGCUCGACAGUUGAACCAGUACCAGCCGUGGUCGACCAGCCGCAAGGUCAGUGUUUGCUGGACGGUGUCCUUGUGAUGGAAACGACUGUUACAUGUGAAAAGCAAGUAGGCUGUCGAGCCAUACAAAAGACAGGACAGUGUUGUCCUGAUUACAAAUGCGAUUGUCAAAAAGAUGGUAGAAUUUAUUUGAAUGGUGAUAAAUUAGUAGAUCCGGAAACACCAUGUACGGUGUGCUAUUGUCAAGGUGGUGAAAUACUAUGCAGUUCUGUGACCUGUUUUCAUCGUGAUGAUUGUAAGCCCAAGUACAUACCCGGCCGCUGCUGUCCGGAAUAUGACAAUUGUCCUGUAUCCAUUUUCGAUCCAAGUCAUAACGGAAAUCAAUCGCACAAUCCAUCAGCACCCAAAGAAACAAACGCCGCUAUCGCAUCUUUGGGUCAGCCAGUACAAAAAACAGUUCCUCAAAAUACGAAAAUCACUAUUAAGGAGAUCACCAAACCGAUUGAGAUACGCAUUACCGAUGCUAACAAAGCCAUACCAAUUCAACAAAUUUUCAAACCUCAAGCUACAAUAACUACCAGAAUAGCAACAACGGAGUCAACAUCAACAGCAAUAACUGACGGCAGCGCUGCAACGCAGAUGACUGCAAGUGUACCCACCUCAACACCAAUAAUAACAACUGACUUGGAAGACAGUAUCAGUGAUGAGAGUACAUCAACCGUAACUAUAACCGGUUCAAAUGUCAACAACGACAGCAACUCAAGCUUUGGUUUAGACAACAACCGCCAAAUUAUAAUUCCAGUGAAUGGGGGCAUUAAUAACGGCGAGAGCUUAAAGCUUAGCGCUUCUGUCGCUUACUCAAGUACAAAGCCCAAUACUGUUAAGGUAGUUUUACCACAAAGCGCUGCAAGCGCUGAAAAUAGUAAUAACGAUAAGGGUGAAGUUUCAGCGGUAGUGGAACAGCUUAAUGAAGACAAUAGUGAGAUUCUCGAAUUCGGAGCACAAGAGCUACCACAUGAUGCAUUCUUUAAUGAUUCAACGAAAAUAAAUAUCAAGCGUGAGAAUUUAGCAACAACAGAACGAACAAUAUCAGCAGAGCCCAUCGAGGAAUAUGAUUUCCCACAGCUUUUGGUAGGUAAUGGUGGUGGACAAAAUGACAGUUUGCAGUCCCAGGGCAGUUUUGACUUUGAACCAGAAACAGCGGACAGUGAUAAUGUUUAUCACAUUAUCUUGACCACUUCAGGACCACGCAUGGAUGGAAACACUGACGGUUUUGUCAAUUUUAAGCAAAGUGAAGAUAUUCAACUCCCUUCCUUUGAGAUACAAGCUUCAGCCUCAAAUCCUCAAGGCGCUGUAAUACUACCCCCACCACAGCUUUCAAAUUUCACUAGUUCACCAUUGCAUAUGAAAAGUACAACUCAAAAGUACAAAGUACUAGCUAAUGAUUUAACUUCUACUUCACAUAACAUAUUCACAAGCACAGAGCAGCUCGCAUUAUCUUUUAUCUCUACAGAAUCUCCAAAACAUUCUUCAGAAAAUGGACAUCAUGUAGAAGAGGAGGAAACCGCUUUAACAGUGGAAUCAAAUCCUGCAUAUCCUUCACUACCCGAAGAUGAUUUUAGUUUGAGAGAUGUAAAUUUUCCAAUAAAUGAAGGCGAUGAUGCUGUGGAGACAGACGAAAAGGAAGAACAGCGUAGUAUCCCAUUUGAUGUUUUUAGGUCACGCAAACCGGUGGAGGAAGGUAGUGGUAAUGGUGUUGAAUUUAUGGAAGCAUCAUCUACUGCAAUUUAUGAAGCAUGCGUUGACUGUACAACUAAAAACUUAUCAAAACUUUCAGCCAAGGUGGCUCUUUUUAUGAAUUCAGCUGAAGAUCUAUUUGCUGAAACAUCUAUUUAUAACAAUAGCGACUUUAUAUCCGAUCGCUUCUCGCGUCUUGCAAUCAAUGCCACAAACUCCGAUUCCAACGAAUCAAUUGAAAUGCAAUUGACUAGUGAAUUAGGUAGCGGUGAUUCAGCAGAAGUAAAGAAGAAGCUUGAGAAAAGACGUGAACCAACUACACCUCGCCCAAGACCAAGCUCCGCUGUGGCUAUAGAUAUUGAUGAGCUGAGUGGAAACCCUUCCGGUGAUGGCAAAAGUGAUCCAAACGUUGAUCCCAAGCUUGAUGCGGAGAGUAUAAAGGCAGACGAGGAUCUAGAGGAUGGCAUAGUAAAACAGGAAACGGGUCUAAAGGAAGAUGUGUUGACAGUAAUUGCGAAACCAAAAGAGGAGCGUACAGUUGAGGAGGUCCUUUUGGAAUCUGAAACUGGCAGAAUACAAUCAGAUCAGAUAAAAAAUUAAGCUAAUUAAAGUUAAAUAGUUAAAAAACUGAAAGAAUUAGAAUAUAGAUAAAUAUAAGAAUAAGAGGGAUCAAAUAUGUAAGUAUUUUAAAAUUAAAUACAUAAUUGCAAAAUAUAUUUUAGAAAUGCAUUAACACUUUAACACUGAAUUAUGCGUCAUUUGUUAAACUUUUUAACGUCAGUAGAGUGUGUAACAAAAAACGCCAAAGUUUUCGAUAGUUUCUCUUAUUAUUUACAAUUGAACAAGUUUUUUUUUAACAAAUGUUCAAGUACAAUGUCUUUGUGACUGUAAAAAGAAAUCUGAUUUCUCAAGUCUUCACAAAGUUUGAGACACCCAUUUAUUUAUAAUAAUUGGUAUAUUAUGCCUCCAACGAAAAUUUUAUCCACUAAAUCUAAUAAUAUCACCUAAAGGUCUUUGUUCUCCAAUUUUUUAAAUUUUAUUUGUAUAUACUUGUAACACCGAUAUAUUGCACUAGUUACCACCAUUUAAAUUAAUAAUUACUGUAUUCAAAACAUAUAAAUCAGGUCUAGCAUACUAUCAAUUUUCUGUUAAUUUGUAAUCAAUACAUUUUAACAACACCAAAACACAACAAGUAAUGUUUUUGGUUUCACAUAAUUUGCUGCUCAGGCCAUGUACAAGUUUUUGAAUAGUUCUUAUUAUAAAAUUUUCUUCAGUCUUCUUAAAAUAAAAGUAGCAUUUCUACGGUGCUUUAAUAAUAAAAUAAAUUACUAAAUAAUUAAAACAAUAUAAAUAUUCGUGACUAUUUAAAUCAUUGUUAUAUUGUACAAUGCUCUUUUAUAAAUUAUUAUUAACUAUUUUUUGUUUAUAUACUUAUGUAUUUCUCUUGUUUUAUGGCCUGUUCAAAAUAUUAUUCCGAAUGCAUGUAAGGAGACUGUAAGCAUUAAUGUAACCCAAAUUUUUAUCUUUAUGUCUUAGAAAAGCACAACUAUUAAGUAAUUUGUCAGAAGUUUUAUUUGGCUAAUCUUAUACCAUAUUAAAAUGCAUUAUUAGAGAAAGGGAAAGAAUCUUGAGAUAGAUCAGUGAAACUGAAUAAAAACUAUAAUAUUUAACAGCAA